CACUCUUCAAAAUGAGGUCUUUUCUUACUCUGCUUGUCCUUUUCAUCUUCCUGUUUGCAACAAAUGUGGAAUCAAGAAAAAUGGGAGGAGAAUAUUGGAAAAUGGUCACGAAACAUCAGGAUAUGCCAGAAGAAUUUAAAGGUUUUCCAACUUAUGAAAAUGAUGAAAUUUAUGUUAAGAGGGAAAACAAAGUUGAUGCAAAGGAAAAAAAUAAAGCUAUGAAAUUUUUUGAACCAAGGCCUAAUGUUUCAGCUUAUGGUGAUAAUGAUGUUCAAGAAAAGGAAAGAAACCAAGUCGAUAAAUAUUUUGAACCAAGACCUAAUGCUCCAGUUUAUGAUGACAAUGAAGUUGGUGUAAAGUUAAAGAAGAAAGCUGUAAAAGAUUUAGAACCAAGACCUAAUGUUUCAGCUUAUGGUGACAAUGACAUUGAUGCAAAGAAGAAGAAAGAAGUUAAAGAAGAUUUUGAACCAAGACCUAAUGUUUCAGCUUAUGGUGACAACGACAUUGAUGCAAAGAAGAAGAAAGAAGUUAAAGAAGAUUUUGAACCAAGACCUAAUGUUUCAGCUUAUGGUGACAACGACAUUGAUGCAAAGAAGAAGAAAGAAGUUAAGGAAGAUUUUGAACCAAGACCUAAUGUUUCAGCUUAUGGUGACAACGACAUUGAUGCAAAGAAGAAGAAAGAAGUUAAAGAAGAUUUUGAGCCAAGACCUAAUGUUUCAGCUUAUGGUGACAACGACAUUGAUGCAAAGAAGAAGAAAGAAGUUAAGGAAGAUUUUGAACCAAGACCUAAUGUUUCAGCUUAUGGUGACAAUGAUGUUCAAGAAAGGGAAAAAAACCAAGCCAAUACAUAUUUUAAACCAAAACCUAAUGUUUCAGCUUAUGGUGACAAUGAUGUUCAAGAAAGGGUAAAAAAUCAAGCCAAUACAUAUUUUAAACCAAGACCUAAUGUUUCAGCAUAUGGUGACAAUGAAGUUGGUGCAAAGGAAAAGAAGAAAGUUGUGAAAGAUUUUGAACCAAGACCUAAUGUUUCAGCUUAUGAUGAUAACAACAUGGAUGCAAAGAAGAAGAAAGAUGUUAAAGGAGAUUUUGAAUCAAGACCUACUGUGUCAGCUUAUGAUAAUAAUAACAUCAAAGAGAAGCACGAAAAUAAAAUUAUACCAAAUUUUGAAUUUACUUAUGAAGAAUAAACGAAGAAGGCUACAACUACUAUCAAUGAUAUCACUUAAUAAUAAAGUUUGUGUGCCAUGUAUCCAAUGAAUAAUAUGAAAUAGUACAUUAUGGUUUUUA